GUCCAAAAAAUACAACAGGAAAAUUCUAUUGUCCAGAAAAUGAAAUUGAAUUUAUUAAUCCAUUCGAUAAUAGAUAUGUCGAAGGCGACGCUUGGCAUUAUCGAUUUUUUGUACCACAUAAAAAUCCAUUAGAAUAUGAUGUGAACAGUGAAAGCAUAUGA